AUGUUCAGAAACAACAUGAAGGAGAAGCAAGAGAACCGAGUAUAUCUAGACGACAUCUCUGCUGAAGCGUUGCAAGAAAUGAUAACUUUCAUCUACACGGAUACUGCGCCCAAUAUGGCCUCCUUGGCAGCCGAACUUCUUCAUGCUGGAGAAAAGUACGACCUGAAGCGUCUCAAGUCGAUGUGCGAGUACAGUCUCGCGAGCAGUCUCAGUGUGGAUACUGCCGUGGACAUUCUUCGCCUGGCCAUAAAGUUGAACGCCGACAAACUGAGAGAUUUUGCCGCCUGCUAUAUUAAAGGGCACGCGGUCGACGUGGGAAAAUCUGAUGCUUGGAAGGCGAUGGUUGAAGAGGAGCCUCGCCUUCUGGAACUGUUCACUCCCAUAGGGACACAGGCUGCACAGACAGUACCACAAGACAACUGA